AUGCAUCCAAGCUGCUCUCCACUGGCAGUGCCUCCGGGCUUCCGGUUCCACCCGACUGACGAGGAGCUACUCUACUACUACCUGAGAAAGAAGGUUGCUUAUGAGCCCAUAGAUCUUGAUGUCAUAAGGGAGGUCGACCUCAACAAGCUUGAACCAUGGGACCUCAAAGAUCGGUGCAGGAUUGGGACGGAGCCUCAGGAUGAGUGCUAUUUCUUCAGCCACAAGGACAAGAAGUAUCCUACGGGGACACGAACCAACCGGGCAACAACGGCUGGGUUUUGGAAGGCAACGGGGCGGGACAAGGCCAUCUUCCUCGGCAACGCUGGGAGGAGGAUCGGCCUGAGGAAGACGCUGGUGUUUUACACCGGCAGGGCACCCCAUGGCAAGAAGACGGACUGGAUCAUGCACGAGUACCGCCUCAACGAUGACAACGUCGAGGUGCCGAUUACGGAGGAUGGAUGGGUGGUGUGUAGGGUUUUCAAGAAAAAGAGCAUCCAGAGGGGAUUCGACGACCAGCUGGGCAUGGUGGCGGGCGCUGGCGAUGACGACGAACUCCGUUCCUUCCACUCCCCGGGCGGCGUGACUCCGGUGGAGCAGAAGCACGGCCUCCAGCUCCGCCAGCUCAUGCAUGGCGGAGUCCCCGCCUUCGACCCCUCCAUGCACCUUCCACACCUCACGAGUGCGGAGGGGCCUCUGGGCGCCCCGGCAUUUACAUCCGGCACAUCGGCUGUGGCCAUGAACCUGCUCGACAUGGGUUGUUCUCCCCACAACAUGGUGAAGAUGACGACAUCAUGUGGCUCUGCCAGUGACAUGCCGCUGAACAGCGGUGAGCGCUUCGGUGCCGCCGCCGAUUGGUUGAUCCUCGACAAGCUGCUGGCGUCACACCAGAACCUUGACCAAUUCUUCCAUUGCAAGUUCGCGGGAACAACCUUAGCAGUGUCUAACCAUUAUCAACAGCAGCAGAUACAGCAGCACAUGGAAAUGAGCGCGUCUUCACUGCAUAAGCUGCCUCUCCAUUAA